GGGGCUCCCCCGGCCUCAGCAAGGAGUGCCUGGAACCACGAAGGAGGGUCCGAGGAGGCCGUCUGCCGCGUCCUCUGGUGGGGCCGCUGGGGGCCCACCUCCCCCUCAGCGCGCGCGCGCGCGCACUGCGUCCCCUCCGCCCCACGGCGCGCCCCGCCACUGCCGCUCGUGCCCUCCCGGGUGGGGCCUGCAGCCGCAGGCGCCGGCGGCCGCCGGGUUUCGCUGAGCCAGGGGCGCUGUCCGGCUGCCGGAAAGAGCUUUUCCGGUGGAGGAGGCAGCGCGCUCUUUUGGGCGCGCCUGGGGCGGGGAGGUGCCUUCUGCCGCGCACCUAGAGCGGGGCGGGAAGGGUUCUUGCUUUGCCUGCGCGGGAGGGGAGCGGCGCCGGCACUGCGGAUGGGCCCCGGACCCCUUACUCCGUCCGGUGUCAGAGACGGAAGGGGCUUUGGCGAACCCACCACCCUCCCCUCCCUCUUAUCACACACUGGGGAAAUGGACGCCUGGAGAAUGACAGUCGGGUUGCUGCCGUGGCGAAGGUUCAAUCCCUGGUCCCGGAACUUCCAUAUGCUGCAGGAAAUACAGUUAUCAAAGUUGACUCCUGAAGAGAGAACCUAACAGACCAGUAACAAUGGAAGAAAUUGAGAAAGUUAUCAAAACGCCACCAUCCCCCAAAACACCAGGUCCAGAUGGCGUUUCAGGUUAAAAAAAUCCUUCAUGAAGAAGAAAGAUCUUAAGCAACAUGAUGGAUUCAGAAGCUCAUGAAAAGAGGCCACCGAUCCUAACAUCCUCAAAGCAAGAUAUAUCACCACAUAUUGCAAAUGUUAGUGAAAUGAAACAUUACUUGUGUGGCUGCUGUGCAGCUUUCAACAAUGUAGCAAUCACAUUUCCCAUUCAGAAGGUCCUCUUUCGGCAGCAGCUGUAUGGAAUCAAAACCCGGGAUGCAGUACUUCAGUUGAGGAGGGAUGGAUUUCGAAACUUGUACCGAGGAAUCCUUCCCCCAUUAAUGCAGAAGACAACUACGCUGGCACUUAUGUUUGGUCUCUAUGAGGAUUUAUCUUGCCUCCUCCGUAAGCAUAGCAGUACCCCUGAGUUUGCAACCCGUAGCAUGGCAGCAGUACUUGCAGGGACAACAGAAGCAAUUUUCACUCCAUUGGAAAGGGUUCAAACCUUGCUUCAAGACCACAAGCAUCAUGACAAAUUUACAAACACUUACCAGGCUUUCAAAGCGCUGAAAUGCCAUGGAAUUAGAGAGUAUUAUCGAGGCUUGGUUCCUGUUCUUUUUCGUAAUGGAUUCAGCAAUGUUCUUUUUUUUGGCCUUCGCGGUCCCAUCAAGGAGCACCUGCCUACGGCGACGACUCACAGUGCUCAUUUGGUCAAUGAUUUUAUUUGCGGAGGCCUGCUGGGUGCCAUGCUGGGCAUCUUGUUUUUUCCAGUUAAUGUUGUAAAAACUCGUAUGCAGUCUCAGAUUGGUGGGGAAUUUCAGUCUUUCCCCAAGGUUUUCCAAAAAAUCUGGCUGGAACGGGACAGGAAACUGACAAAUCUUUUCCGAGGUGCCCAUCUGAAUUACCAUCGCUCCCUCAUCUCUUGGGGCAUAAUUAAUGCGACUUACGAGUUCUUGUUAAAGAUUAUAUGAAAGAAAUCAGUUAAGUGCCAUUUGUCAACUGAAUAGACCUAACAAGAAUGCAGUUUGGCCUUGUUCCUAAUUGGCCAAACACAAGUUGGUGUCAUAAGUCCAGGGCACAAUGAAUUAUGGGCAAAGCUGUUUUCCUUAAGCACCAACAAAUUCAGAAUAAAAGUUUCAGUAGGAAAACUUAAGGGUUUUUUUUUUUUUUUAAAGGGAGAAUUCUGUUUAUAUUUUUUAAAUCAUCUGAGAAUUUUAGGCUAAUUGCCUGGUUAAUAGCUGUCUAUCUAACAGCUUGAUGGCUUUUGACAAGGAAACUAACAGCCAAGAUAUUCUUUUUUCCAAAAUCUUCUGUGAUGAAACAUCAGUGGCCAUAACCAGCCAGAGAAAAGGCUCUAAGGGUUCCAUGAAUUCUCAGGCUUAUUCCUUUUACUCCACUUCUAGCUUCUCUGCUCUUAGGAGGAGUUGCAAAAGAUAGUUUUUGUUAAGCAUAUAUGUGGUAGGACAAAGGAGCAGAAUAGAGACGAAAAGCAGCUUGUUAUAUGUAUGCUUUUUAUGAUAAAUUGCUUGUAUUCAUUUUGAAACUAAGCACCUGUGGGGAUGGUCAUUAUCCAGACUAUUUCUCUUUAGACACAGUAGACUCCUGCAGCUAAUGACAUCUCCUGUUUUGCUUUCUAGGGUUGAAAGUUUUCUCUCUAUUUCUGAAUGUGACUUGAAACCUUUCCGAAAUAUUUUUAUAUGAGCUUCACUUAUUUCAUUGCCAAAAGAUGGGGACUUAAAUUUUGUUAACGAUGUUUCUUCCCAUUAAGAAGUUUCAUAUUACAGGUACCCCUCCUUUCCCAGAGUUUCCUUUGUGCCAUUUCACUUUUACAAAAGACCUACAUUAGAACCCGUUUUCCCUAACCAAAAGACAUCUGAAGAGGAUUGUUUGUACAAAGAAAGGUGAUUGCUUCUUCAGUCUCUGCCAUUGCAGCUUACAAAAGUUUCCACAGGACUAUGGGGGAAAACCUGUAACUGUCCAUCCAACUCUGCUGAGCUCAGCUUCUUGGAAUUAUUGUUGCCAACUUAGUGAAAGGCUUUGAAAGUUCGAGGGUUUUUUUUCCUUUGAAUAGUAGUUUGUCACAUUUAAGUAUCCUCUUCUCCUGAAACUCCUUUAAAACAACAACAAAAAUGCUUCCAUAAAAUUUAUUUUGGAAGCCUAUUAAUGGACCUCAGAUUUUUUUCCUGGUUUCUUAGUAUUCCAGGUAAGGGAAAAAACUCAGGCUAGCUUUUGUCUCACAGCGUUAGCUGUAUUUUUUUAUUUUACUCUUGGAAAUAGAGACUUCUGUUAGGAUUUUUAGAUUUGGAGAACCUAAUUUUACCAUUUUACCAUUUAAACACUAAGACGGUUUGAGAGGAUAAGACCUACAUAAAGAUAUUUGAAAGGUUAGUUGUAAAUCCUAGACGUUGGUGAUGGCUGCAUAGCACACUUAGCUCUUACCUAACAGACAAACACUUACUUUGAAAGGAAUGAGAUUUUGAAAUAUUUUUUUCCAAGUAAGGCGGAAUGAGUCACACACCAAUUCGAGUCACUAGUACAACAUACGAGGCAUCCUAGAAAAGCAUUUAUCAAUCUUUUAAAAAUCCACAUCUGUAAAUAUUAUAUAGUGAAGAUUUCUUUCCAGCAUCUGACAUGGGGCAGAGCACGUAGGUUUCUUACUAUGUCUUUUAUUGUUCUGGGUAACUGCAUGUGAAUAUGUGCACAUGCUGACCAAAAUAAAAUCAGGGUCUCAGUUGGCAGUUUACUCAGUUUCUGGACAGGUAGUCCAAAAAAGAUGUUUACCUCUCAGUGCCGCGUGGCUGGUCAAAUGCCGUCAACAUCCUCCUCCUGGCUGUGAUGGAUUAGGAGGCACUGUCCAGCGUUUGCCAGGUGGUAGCGAAGGGGGGUAGUUUUACGAAGGUUCUGUUUGAUGGUGUUUUGCUGGAAAUGGCAGUUUGUUCUAGAAACCAAGGUGCAGAUGUAAGGAUUUGAGAAAACAAUCUAACACCAAAUAAAUGUGUGGCAUCCUUUGGCCUCGUGAAUAGAGUCAGGACUGAGUGGCAGAGACACUGUGGUGCCUGACCCCCUUGUUCACAUGUGUGUCUCCUGUCGUGGGCAUGUUUGGGUGCUCAGCUUGUGGUGAGUGUUAUCCUGGGGUCACGCCCUGACCCUGGGAGUGGACUCCACUGGCUUUUGUUUCCACAGGGCUUUCUUUUGUCUAUACACUCCAUAUAGGUGAUAGAAAUCUUAAGUUCUAAAGCACUUUUGUGACAUACUCUCAGUGAAGUGAGAAUUUGAAGGAUGCUUUGGUUUCUGCUGUCUCAAACAUGUGGCAUUUAAAAACAAUAAAUAUUUUUAAUGGUUUUUAACUCAUAAUAUUUUUGGAUUUCUUUGUCACUUUUUACAGUUUUGAAGACCAAACUGCAGAUACAUUACCAAGGAUGGUUUUGUGUUGUCCAAUAGGUUUCUUAAAUUUGACAAAAAACAAACAAAAAACUCAGUAGAACUUGUGGUGGCCAACAGCUUUGUCUCAACGUUAAGUCAAAAUGUGUUAUUAGUAAGAGAUUCUAACUAUUGUUUUUACCCUCUGUGAACUAGUAUGGUAAUAAUUUUGAAAAGGCAAACAAAAUUGAGUAACUUUAUCUGAAAAGCUUUAAAAGUGGCCUUUCUGUUACACGUGUGGCACAGACAGCUGGUAAAUGCAGGGCACUUCUGGUCUUGCUUCCUAUGCUUCAUGUCUGAUGCCGCCAGAAAUAGGGAUUCUAUAUUCAACACACUUAGAGUGGUAUGCGCCUCAGGACUGCACCACAGAGUAAACACAACCUCUAUAUGGUGGUAAAUGUGUGUGUCUUUGUUUCAUUUGUGAUUGGAGACAAAGUUGAUGUUUUUGUCUCCGUAGUCAGUAUCCAUCUUUAUGGCUGAUUAUAUAAUCUUCUGCUCUACAUGGUGAACUGUGCAAUAAGACAGGAUUGUGUAAAUAUAGUCAUCUUCAGAGACCUGAAAUUCCCUAGCUUGAUUACAGUGGUGAUACGCAGUUGUAAGCUGUACACACCUGUAAGAGAAUAAUGGGUGGUACUAGAGGGCUUCACAGCAAGCCAGUCACGUUGACCAAUACAGCUUCAGUGUAGAUGACGUACUGUAGUGGGAGGGCUGUGCAGUCAAAAUGAAGGCGAGAUAAGAGAUCACAUUUAAAGAAAAGGUAAGCACUCAGACUUGAUUUCUUUUGAAAUAAUCUUUGUUUUUUCAUGUGCUUAAAAAUGCAUAUCAAAGACUUGAAUAGGCAUUCUCCUUAAAUUUGAGGAUUUUUCAUUUUUAAUGCUGUCUUUUUGCCUAAUAUUGAAUAUUUGCUUGCCUAAAUGGCUCCCAAAUUGUGGGGGAGUCUCUACAUGUUUCCUUUUUUUAAGUUUCAUUAUUAAAAGUGAUUAAGCACACAAAACUGUCUUUCUUUGAUAUUUUGAGUUUUGUGACUAUAUGAGCUUAAAUGAAAUGUUAAUGUUUCAGAGUUAACGUGCUUCUUUCGGUGAUUUUGUUUGGAAUAAAGUUUUUUUUUAAGUUCA